AUGGCACGACCGAAGACGCCUACCGAUGCAUACCAGAAGGAAGGAAAGUAUCGUACUGGCGACAGUGUGUGGGUUCUAGAUGGCGGACGAUGGUGGAAGGGGAAGGUCAAAAAGAACGACCUUUCGAGUGGUCAGAAUUGGAAAGUCGAAGUCACGCUGGAUGACGGAGAGCGUCGCCAAACCUCCGUGAACAAAGACGAUAUGCGAAAUGAUAAUGCACCUGAUCGCACUGGCGAGCCAUCGCGCGAACCCUGCGACGACCCUGUCGAAGCGAAGUCCAUGUGGCAGACGAUCAAGGCUGUGACGAGUCAUAGAGCACAGCACAUCACGGCUGGGAAAUCACCAUCAGUAGCAUGUGUGGUGGCGGCCUCGGGCAUUCAAGCUACUUUGCCGUCUGGACUCGACUCGGUCCUACUUACCGGAGUUCGAUCCAGCGCGCAAAGCCAUCAGCAUGUUGAACCUCGCAUUGUACCGCGUCCAUUCCCCGAUGGUCCUGCUAGAUUUCCAUCAACCACUGCGACGCAUUCUCAGCUUGCCAAUAGCCAACAGCGAUCAGGAAGCGGAAGCACGGCAGCUGGCAGCGAUGCGGAUUCAAGAGUUGAUGAGACAGUCUCCGAUGUAGAUGACAGCGAAGGAGAGCGAUAUCUCGCGCGUUCAAUAACGGGUCGUCUAUCUGAGCAUGAGUUCCAGACCUCCUUGCCCAGUCCACGAUGGAAUGCCCGCUGA